AUGCCUAUCAAGUCGCUAUACCCUGACGUCAAGCUCUUGGAAAAGCCCAUCUUCAACUUCAUCUUCAACAACCCAGACCAAACAUGGCCAGACUCCAAAGUCAUCUUUCAGGAUGCCGACACACUCCGGACAUACACGUUCGCCCAAGUCCGCGAUAGAGCCAUUGAAUUCGGCAAAGGUCUACAAGGCCAGUACGGCUUCAAGAAGGGCGACACGCUGGCCAUCUUCUCCCCCAACGACAUCGACACGCCUCCCGUUGUCUUUGGCGCCCUGUGGGCUGGUCUGAUCGUCUCCCCCGCCAACCCGGGCUACACGGUCGACGAGUUCGUGUACCAGCUCAAGGACAGCAAAGCCAAGGCCGUCGCCGCCCACUGGUCCGCCAUCAAGACCGUGCGCGCCGCCUGCGCCAAGGUCGGCAUCCCAACCGACAACAUCUUCAUCAUCGGCGACCAGCGCGACCCCUCGUACGAGCUCAAGCACUGGACCCAAGUCGAGGCCAACCAGUGGAAGAGCCGGUACCGCUCGCCCAAGAUCUCCCCCAAAGACGACCUCGCCUUCCUCGUCUACUCGUCCGGCACGACCGGCAAGCCCAAGGGCGUCGAACUCACCCACUUCAACAUGACCUCCAACCUGCAGCAGAUCCAAGCCACCGAGGGCGGCAACCUCUCGUGGGACGGAUCCGCGCACUGUCCCGGCAUCCCCGACGCGCCGCGGCCCCAAGGCGACAAGAUCCUGGCCUGCCUCCCCUUCUUCCACAUCUACGGCCUCAACGUGCUGAUCCACCUGCCCAUGUACACGGGCGUGUCGGCGCUGGUGCUGGCCAAGUUCGAGAUCGAGACCUUCUGCCGCCUGAUCCAGGAGCACAAGGUGACCUUCUCGUACAUCGUGCCGCCCAUGGUGCUGCUGCUGUGCAAGCACCCUGUGGUGGAAAAAUACGACCUGAGCUCGCUGCGCAUGACGAACUCGGGCGCGGCGCCCCUGACGCGCGAGCUGGUGGAGGCGGCGUUCAAGCGCACGGGCGUGCGCGUGAAGCAGGGGUACGGGUUGAGCGAGACGAGUCCCACCAUUUUCCAGCAGCGCUGGGUGGACUGGGAGACGGGCGUGGGCAGCACGGGCCGCAUGGUGCCGAAUCUGCUGGCGAAGCUGUGCGCGGUGCCCGGAGCGGACGGGGCGGAUGAAGCAGAGGAGCCCAAGGAGGUGGGACCGGGCGAGACGGGCGAGUUGUACGUCAAGGGCCCGAAUGUCUUUCGAGGCUACCACAACAACGAGGCGGCCACGAGGGACUGUCUCGAUCAGGACGGCUGGUUCCGCACCGGCGACGUCGGGCAUAUUGACGCCCAGGGAGACCUGACCAUCACGGACCGCGUCAAAGAACUCAUCAAAUACAAAGGCUUCCAGGUCCCCCCCGCCGAACUCGAAGGCUACCUGGCCGACCACCCCCUCGUCGACGACGUCGCCGUCGUGGGCGUCGACUCCAAAGACCUCGGCACCGAAGUCCCUCGCGCGUACGUGGUGCGCAAGGGUGGCUUGAAGGCCGUGCAGCCAGGCGACGAGCAGCAGAUCGUGCAGUGGAUGAACCAGAAAGUCGCGAGUCACAAGAAGCUCCGCGGCGGCGUGGGGUUCGUGGAGCAGGUGCCCAAGAGCGUGAGUGGGAAGAUUCUGAGGAGGUUGUUGAAGGAGGAGGCCAGGAGGGACUUUGCGGCGUUGGAGGAGCAGGAGGGGAGGAGGAGGGCGAAGGCGAAGCUGUAG